UUCUAUUCAUAAACAAUUAGUUUAAAAAAAACUAUACUGUGAGGCGAUAAGAAAAGCGUAAAACAAUCAACUCCUUUCAGAAUGUUGUAAUUGUUUUAAGCAAAUCACAUAGAUUCGAGUAUAAUAGCUCCUAAUCUAAGCUUGCUUAGGUUGGUGCUUGUCUGUUUCAGGUUAAGGUGUAAUUAUUUGACAGAAGAGUUCAGCCCAACUACUCUAACGCUGGGAGGAAGCACAAUCACUGCAGCCUCUGGCUUCCUGUGGAGCAGCAGCAGCAGCUGCAACAGCAGCAGCAGCAGCAGAGUCAAGUACAUGGGUGUCGGGGAGGAGGCAGGCCUGCACCCAGAAGAUAUGCAACCGACAGUUUACGCUUGAUAAAAGUUAAUCAUCUGAACUUAGCUUGCAGGACAAACGUGAGUAAACAGGGAGGUUUGUGGGGAGCUGCGUGCAGAGUUUGAACUCCUCCAACAACAUCUGGUCUGCUGGAGGACGGGACGAUCCGGAGGCGGGGAGAAGGCGCUCUUUGCUGGAGAAAAUGCUCUGGAACUGGAGUUUCUGUCACCUGCAUGAGCCGAAGAAAGACUCGGAGUGAAGAAGGGAUUGUUGUGAGGAGAAGAGUGGAGGACUUCAGCUCCACCUGAGGAGAUAAAGGAUGAAUUAGUCCAAACUUGGCUCCGAGUUGCAGCCAGAGAGGCGGCUGAUUUAACUCCUCAGAAAAGCCAGGCCACAAGCCAUGGAUGAAGACAGUAGGUCCACUCCCGUCUCUCCAGGGCCAGCUGAGGAUGAAAACGCCGGUCUGGAGGCUUCAAACUCACACAAAGACUCAAAUUCAAAGAGAGAGGAUGGCUCCCUGGACCCCAAACCCUCUGGAAGUGAGGAGUUGACUCCCACGUACACUGAGCCCCUCAUAUUGAGGGUAAAUGGCACAUUGGCCACUCUGCAUGUGGAUGAUGGAGAAGAUUGCAAGAACAACAUCAGUAUUUCACAAACAGAGCUUUCAACACCAGACAAGAGUAUUAUUACAUCUCCACCUGCUGCUCGAUCUACCCCGAUCCACCCCACACAGCCAUGUCGGUCGCAGCCCAACAGUCAGCUACGCAAUGGAGCCAAGAGCCUGGAGCACGUGCACUGCCCUCACACGCACUGUUUGAACCACACACCGCACGCCUUUAAGUCCAACCCCGUCAGGAACGGGGGCUCUCACAGACAUCCAAAGCUCGGCUCUCUGCCUCGAGGCGGCUCAUCCACCUCCUCAUCUUCAUCAGCAGGACCCAAAUACUCCAGGAAACUUCAGUCUAACCCUUCCAUCACCUCCCAGAGCAGCAAGAGGAGCAAGAGCAGCUCCAAGAGCAACAGCUCCCAGAUUCCUACAGAAGCGCAGGAUGACUGCUGCGUUCACUGUAUUCUGGCCUGCCUAUUUUGUGAGUUCCUAACGCUGUGCAACAUUAUGCUGGACUGUGCCACCUGCGGCUCCUGUGCUGGCGAGGACUCGUGUUUCUGUUGCUGCUGUGCGUCGGAGGAGUGUGGCGACUGUGACCUGCCCUGUGACAUGGACUGUGGCAUCAUCGAUGCCUGCUGCGAGUCGGCAGACUGCCUAGAGAUCUGUAUGGAGUGCUGCAGCCUUUGCUUCUCCUCCUGAGGACUCUCGUCCCCUUUCGAGUGUGCAGGCCGAGCCUUUGGCUCUUUGCUGAACACGCUAUUAUCACAAUUGAGCCCCUUGUGCUGUCGGAAUUACUGGAGUUCUUCAAGCAUGAAAAAUGACCUUCGAGAGGCAAAUGAGAAAGCGGGUCCGUUUAACCAGAUUUCAGUGUUUUUCUGUAGAUAAAAGGAGGAGCAUAAUGGGAAAAUGGACAAUCAGAUCUCAGUAAAAACAUAGUCUGUCCUUGGCAAGGUUAAACUCUGCCAGCCUGAUUGCUUACAGUGGCCUUUGUGAAUUACAGACACUGAGUGGGAGGAGCUAAAUCUCUCAUCUGUCUUUGUUAUUUUUCAUUGAACUAAAGACAAAACAGAAAUGGUGGUUUGUGGCAAUAUGACUGAUAUUUCCUUUCAUAAUGUACUUUUUAAACUGACCAUUUCAGCAUAGGAUCUUCAAAGUAUUCUUAGAAUAAUGGAAAUCAAAGGUCAAUUAGCAUUUAUAAUGGACUCAAUUCCAACUUUGACAUGUAAGAAGAGUUUGGCAAAGAUCACUCGUAAGUGUUUCACUUUCUGUUUACUGUUGGAUGUAAUCGAGGGACUGUAAAAGUUACGCUCAUCUUGUAGAGGUAGGGGAGGCAACCCUGCCUUUAACACAUAUGAACAAAUGAACAAACGCUUGGCUUAAGUCCAGAAUUUUCAAGUAGGAUCCUUGCAUUUACCUAAUCUGUAUUAAUCCCGGUUUUGUAGAUUGUAGUUUAGAUAUUUGCAUUUCACCUCCAAUGUGAAAAACGACAUUUGUGUUUUAUCAGAUUUGCUGAGCCCUUAGUACAGCAGACAUUGCUCAACACCUAAUUUAAUUCCUAGAGUGGAAAAAUCUCUUGACAUUACGCUAAGCUAGAUAACAUGAAUGGUACCGUUUAGAGAGCAGCCCUGCAGCUUUAUGCACUCUCCAACCCAUUACCUCUUUAGAUUUCACAUUGAUUAUUCAUGCGUUUUAAAGUAACUUUAUUCAAAUCUCUUUUCAGUAAUAAAAUGCUGUUUAUGAAAUCCUUUGUUAGUUAGUUCUGUCUGACCCUUCUUAACCUUUAGUCACGUGUAACUUAGAAGAGCGACUCUGCUUUGAUGUUUAAUAAAAACCCUAUUUUAAGGGUUGAAAUCUCACAGUUAGGAUUAAAACUUACUACUGUACUGUAGUACUUAUAUUGGGACCACCAAAGCAGAGAGAGUUCAAAAUCCAAUUUGCAGCUUGAAAUGUUUAAACAAUCCAAAAGCAUUAACACGACUUAGCACUUUUUGAAGUUUUAUGCAUCUGAAAACUCAGCUUCAUGAAAUCCUUCAGAACUCUGGAAACAAUCCAUACUUGCGGUAUUAAUGAGGGGAGAACACAGGGUGUAGCGAAACGACAUGCAUAGAUGUGAAAAUCCUGUUAACAUUGAAAUGUUUCAAAACAUUUGAACUAUAAAUUUAAAUUCUUGUGCUUCUUUUGAGUCUUUUUUCUUUCAUCAGACCAGGAGCGCAUUGCAAUAAAACUUAUCUGUAUGAGCAAAACAAAAACAAACUAUGUUUUUGACACCACUUGUUAUUUCCCAAGGAAUUAUCAAAAUACUGGAUUAGAAUGUAUCUAUUACUAGGGUAGGAAAUACAUAGUUUCAUAUAUUUCCUGAUUGUUUUGUGCAAAUGAUGACGUCUCUUUUAACAUAAUUUUUUUUUGUUAUGUUUGACUGAAUCUACAAGAAUAGGGUUUUAAGUACAACAGUUGCAUCUCAGCUUAAGUUGUUGGUUGAAUUGAGUCCAUAAUCAUGUAGGUUUGUUUACAUUAGCGCAAUUAAAUGUCAGUUUCUGUCCUGUAAUUCUCAUUAAAAUCUGUUUCUUAAAUAAACAAUGUGAACUCCA